UGUAGAUAUUUAAAAAUGUCCGAAGGAACGACUACAAUUGAAAUAAUUAAAACUGAACCAAACAAAGAUUAUAUAGAAGAUUUUCAAGAUAAAAUCAAGAAUGAACCAAACGAAGAUUAUAUAGAAGAUUUUCAAGAUAAAAUCAAGAAUGAAUUUGAUAAUGUUAUUAAGCCUGAACCUUGUUCAGAGGAUGAAGAUACGUGUCUGGAAAGAUUCAUGAAUUCAGAAGUAAAGAUUGAAGAAGAAGUCAAGCAGGAACAAAUUGAGAAGCCCCCUUUUGAACAUAUCACAUGCGAUAGAUCAUUUUUACAUGUAGAACAUAUACUAGAUCAAAAUCAUUCCCCAAUUACUUUUCCCGAGACAAUUGAUUUAGAGAUACAGCCGAGUGAAAAGCAAGAUACAUAUUCUCAUUCUGGAAAGAGUGCGCCUCAAAUAUACAUACACAGAAAAUUGGUGAAAAUUGAACCGUUAAAUAAAGAUCAAUCUUAUAAAUGUGCUAUUUGUAAUAAAGCAUUCACACAAUUAUGCAAUAUGAAAAAACACAUGCUCAUUCAUUCCAAAAAAGGUGUUCAUGAAUGUGUUCAUGAAUGUGAAAUUUGCAAGAAGGUAUUUAAACAAAAGCUCAACUUAAAGAGACAUAUGCAUGUUCACAGUGGAGUACGUCCCCAUAAAUGUGAGAUGUGUGAUAAAACAUUCAUACAUUUAUUUAAUUUGAAACAACAUAUGAGUAUUCAUUCUGAAAAACCUCUUUAUGCAUGUGAAACAUGUGAUAAAGCAUACUAUUCAUCAAAUAGUUUAAAUUAUCAUUUGCGAACUCAUACUAGAUUCUAUAAAUGCCAAGUAUGCUCCGAGGCAUUCAAAACUUCACAUUCCCUGAAGUUGCACAUGCGUACUCAUUCUGAUAAACUUUCUUUUACAUGUAAAUUAUGUAACAAGGAGUUAUGCUCAUCACAAAAUUUAAAACAUCAUAUGCAUACUCAUACAGGAGAACGCCCCUAUGAAUGCGAAAUCUGCAAUAAAACAUUCACACGACCGAAAAGUAUGAAAAUGCACAUGUUUCUUCAUUCUGGGGUUCGACCUUACAAAUGCGAUAAAUGUGACAAAGCCUUCAUUCAAUCAUAUGAUUUGAAACUACAUAUGUCUAGUCAUUCUGGUGAACGUUCUUACAAAUGUGAUGAAUGUGACAAAGCUUUCUUUCAUCCAAGUAUUUUAAAACAACAUAAGCGCUCUCAUACUGGAGAAAGUAUGAAGUCUUACACAUGCGAACUCUGUGAUAGGUCAUUCUAUACAUUGGCAAUUUUGAAACGCCACUUAUUUGUUCAUACAGGGGAACGUUGUUACACAUGUGAUAAAUGUGGUAAAGCUUUCAGUCAAUCGAGUACUUUGAAACAACAUAUGCUCACUCAUGAUAAAGAGCAUUUUCAUAAAUGCGAAGAAUGUGACAUGGUCUUCAAAUAUUCGGGUCAUUUAAAACUACAUAUGCGUGUUCAUACUACUAAACAGUAUCCUCAUAAAUGUGAUAAAUGUGACAAAGCCUUUAGUCAUGUGUCUAAUUUAAAACUACAUAUGAGUAUUCAUGCCCCUAAAGAGUAUCUUUACAAAUGUGAUAAAUGUGACAAAGUCGUUACUCAAUUGGGUAAUUUAAAACAGCAUAUGCGUGUUCAUAUUAAUAAAGAGUAUCCUUAUCAAUGUGGUAAAUGCGAGAAAGCCUUCAGCCAAUUGUCAGAUUUAAAACAACAUACGGAUAGUCAUGCUAAAGAGUGUCCUCAUAAAUGUGAAGAAUGUGGCAGGGCCUUCAGUCGUUUGAAAUAUUUAAAACAACAUAUGCGUACUCAUAAUAGAGAGUAUUCUUAUAAAUGUGAAAUUUGUGAUAGAGUAUUUUCUGAUAAUCGUUAUUUGAAUAAACACAAAUGUAGAAAGAACAUUAUCGAAGAGAAAUGAAU